AAAAUUAUUGAUGAUGAUGACAAUGGUGGUAAUUAUAUUAUUUUCGAAAAACCAAAUAUUUCUCCUGAUGUUUUUUCAAAUAAUUCUAAGAUAUACGUAUUAACGGCAGAAAAUGAAUUGAUAUUACAAGAACUUGAGGCUUCUGUAAUCAGUUUUUUUACAAGACAUCAUGUCAACUGGAUUAAAAAUCAUCCAUUGCAAUUGCUAUUCCACACAGUAUUCAAACUAGAGUCAUGUCAUAAAAUUCAACAAUUAUGCCUCGACAACAUUUGUAAUGAUCCUGAUAUAGUUUUCAACUCUUCAAUCUCCAAAUCAAUCAACGAAUCAAUCCUUCUCCAAUUACUUAAACGUGAUGAUUUGAGAAUGAAUGAAAUCAAGCUGUUGGAUUAUUUGAUUCAAUGGGGUGUAACCAACCUUGACAUUAAUUGUAAUGAUGGUAAUGUUGUUGACAGUGUUUCAAAUUGGACACAGAAUGAAUUUGAUGCAUUGGAUUCUAUUUUGAAAAAUUGUAUCGGUAAUAUUAGAUUUGAAAAUAUUAAUCGUAACGAGUUGAAAUCAAUCGGACAAUUGAAAAAUUUUGAAAAAUUUUUGGAAAAAUAUUUUUUACAAAAUGAAGAAAAUUUAAUCGAUUCAAACAUCAUUAAUUUAAAUCACGCGAUACUUAUUUCUGAUUGGAUUGAUCAAAAAGAUAUAAAAUACAAUGAUAAUAACAAUACUACAGUUUAUGACAAAUAUAUUUAUAUAGGUAAAAUAUCACUUGAAAAACUAGACCCGAUAUUUACUUUGGACAUAUUAACGGCAGCAAAUGAAUUGAUAUUACAAGAACUUGAGGCUUCUGUAAUCAGUUUUUUUACAAGACAUCAUGUCAACUGGAUUAAAAAUCAUCCAUUGCAAUUGCUAUUCCACACAGUAUUCAAACUAGAGUCAUGUCAUAAAAUUCAACAAUUAUGCCUCGACAACAUUUGUAAUGAUCCUGAUAUAGUUUUCAACUCUUCAAUCUCCAAAUCAAUCAACGAAUCAAUCCUUCUCCAAUUACUUAAACGUGAUGAUUUGAGAAUGAAUGAAAUCAAGCUGUUGGAUUAUUUGAUUCAAUGGGGUGUAACCAACCUUGACAUUAAUUGUAAUGAUGGUAAUGUUGUUGACAGUGUUUCAAAUUGGACACAGAAUGAAUUUGAUGCAUUGGAUUCUAUUUUGAAAAAUUGUAUCGGUAAUAUUAGAUUUGAAAAUAUUAAUCGUAACGAGUUGAAAUCAAUCGGACAAUUGAAAAAUUUUGAAAAAUUUUUGGAAAAAUAUUUUUUACAAAAUGAAGAAAAUUUAAUCGAUUCAAACAUCAUUAAUUUAAAUCACGCGAUACUUAUUUCUGAUUGGAUUGAUCAAAAAGAUAUAAAAUACAAUGAUAAUAACAAUACUACAGUUUAUGGUGUGAUUACUCAUCAAUAA